CAUAUAUUUAUUGUAGCCGGUGCAAAAAAAAUCUCCUCAAUAUACCCCAAGAUGGCCGCCGAUGUGGGAUCGAUGUUUCAAUAUUGGAAGAAAUUUGAUCUACGGCGGCUGCAGAGGGAGCUAAAUUCAGUGGCAGCACAACUGGCUGGGCGACAGGAAGAGAGCGAGCACUCCCAUAAGCACGUACUUGAGUUGAGUCGAGAGUUCAAGAAAAAUGUCCCUGAGGAAGUGCGAGAGAUGGUUGCUCCUGUCCUCAAGAGUUUCCAAGCCCAGAUUGUUGCCUUGAUCCAGCGCAGUAAGGAGGCAGAGUCUGCAUUUCUGGGAGUUUACAAACAGCUGAUAGAAGCCCCAGACCCUGCUCCAGUGCUGGAAGCCUCUUGCUCUCUGGAGGGCCGUCUCACCCAGUUGCAAAGCUCUUCUCCAGACACCAAGGUUCUGGUCAGAGAGAUCUCGGGCCACUGGAGGAGAAACCUGGAGUGCCUUAACAGUGCAGAUAGUGUAAAAGAAAGCCCAGAAAGCAUACAGAGAGUAGCAGGGUCAGAACAAUUUCCCCAUAUGAUGACCCCAAACGGCACACAAAGCCUCCAAGAUGGUGGCUUACCCCUUCACAACCACCAGAGCCUGGAGGAAAGGGAAGCAGAUGAACCAGAUGCUCUGUCUGUCAGACUGGCGCAAGCUGAAGAGAGAACCAAAACUCUUCAGUUAGCACUGAACAAAGCCCAGUCAGAGAUGAAGGAGCUAAAGUGUAAAUACUACAAGGAAAUGGCUGCCAAAGCAGAGGAACUGUCCCAGCUCAAGAUGAACCUGGAGAAGGCCAGCCAGAGAGCAGAUUUGGCCCAGAGGGAGUUGGAGCGACUGAGGGACCAGUUAACCAGCAGUUACACCGUUGCUAAAGGAAGUGACGAGGGUCCCAGUGAGGGGAAAGCAGGGAGGGAUGAGAAGGACAAGUGCUCACCAUCACGGCUGGAAGCAGUGCUGUUCUCCAAAGACAGAGAGAUUCUUCGCCUGCUUGAAAAUGUCCAGAGGUUGCAGUUCACUCUCCAAGAAGUGCAGGACUCCUCAGCAAGUCAGCUAGCAGAUCUUGAACACCAGCUGGCAAAUAAGGCAGAGGCUAUUGAAAAAUUAGAGGUUAAACUGCAGUCUCAAUUGGACUAUGAAGAAAUUAAAACUGAACUCAGCAUUCUUAAAGCAAUGAAACUGACAUCGGCGAAUGGGAGCUCGUCCCAGGACUCUGACAAAGUUGCAGAGGUUUUGCUGCUUGACAAACAGUCUUUCCUACAUGCCAACAAAAUGCUGACAGACAAAUCCAGAGUCCUACAGUGUCCUGAUGAAGACCAUUCAGAUUCUUCCAGUAGGGAAUUGGGGCGCCCCAUGAGCUCGUACUCCUCCCCUCCAGGAGCAUUACCAAUAGACAGCCAGUCAUCCUCCAGUCCAGUACCACCUAAUCCCGACGGGACCUCAGGUACCCAUGAGCUCCCACGAUCAUUCUCUGCAUCACCUUUCUCCAGUGAAAAGCAUGCUGCAGGGCCCCUCUUGCAGAAGCAGCUCCUCUCUCCUCACUUUAAGAAGGAGGGCACCUCACUCAUGGCCUUUCCCACCGCACUGUUUGCUGCAAAAGCUGCCCUAAUGUCAGCCAAUCCAGGAUCUUCAGGGCCCUUGGUGAUGGAAUCUGGCAUAGCUAGUGACCAGUCAGAGUGCAGCAGCUCAGGGGGUGGUGAUGAGGACCACAUGGACACAGCAGAGAUAGCCUAUCAAGUGAAAGAGCAGCUUCUCAAACAUAACAUUGGUCAGCGGGUGUUUGGGCACUAUGUUUUGGGCCUCUCCCAAGGCUCUGUGAGUGAGAUACUAGCUCGGCCCAAACCCUGGAGGAAGCUGACCGUCAAAGGCAAGGAGCCCUUUAUCAAGAUGAAGCAGUUUCUGUCUGAUGAACAGAACAUCCUGGCCUUGCGCACCAUUCAAGUUCGCCAGAGAGGGAGUAUCACUCCUCGCAUCCGAACUCCAGAAACUGGGUCAGAUGACGCGAUUAAGAACAUUCUGGAACAGGCUAAGAAAGAGAUCCAAUCACAGCGAGGAGGUGAUAGUAAGUCCUCUCUGGGAUCCUCAACAGGUCGCAGCAGCAGUGGUGCUGGCAGUAAUUCAGAUGAGACUAUAAAGAGCAUCUUGGAACAGGCGCGUCGGGAAAUGCAGGCACAGCAGCAGGCCCUGCUUGAGCUGGAGGCUAGCAGCCACAGUCUAAGCUCGCAGGAGUCCCACAAGACCAUUUCUGGCCCUAUACCUACAUAUAUCAAGCAAGAAGAGGGCAGCACCAUGCCCAUGUGCCCAUCCAACCCCAUAGGCAGCCCCCAGACCCCCCUCAGCGUUCUGUCACCUGCUGCUUUUGUCCAAAACAUUAUCCGUAAGGUGAAGUCGGAAAUCGGCGAGGCUGGAACAUAUUUUGACCAGCACUGGUCUCGUCCCUUCACCUCGGUCUCACCCUCACUCUCCUCUUCCUCCUCCUCUGUGCCCUCCACAGUGCCCCGCGCUUGGAACGUGGAAUGCCCCAUGGGCACAGAGGAGGGGCCAGGCACUGAAGAGGAUGAACCUCCACCAAGCCGACCUGUGAAAGUGGAGUCAGAAGUGUGUGUAAGCGGGGAGCAGGCUACAUGUGGAGGACCACGAAUGAGCUACUAUUCCUCCUACAUUCCUCGCACUCUCAAGCCCACUGUGCCACCACUCACGCCUGAGCAGUAUGAGAUGUAUAUGUAUCGUGAGGUGGAUACCAUAGAACUCACACGCCAGGUCAAGGAGAAGCUGGCCAAGAAUGGCAUUUGUCAGCGAAUCUUUGGAGAAAAGGUACUGGGACUUUCUCAGGGUAGCGUGAGUGACAUGCUGUCUAGACCCAAACCCUGGAGCAAGCUCACACAGAAGGGACGAGAGCCUUUUAUACGCAUGCAGCUGUGGCUUCUGGAUCAGUUAGGACAGAGCCUCAAUCAGCAGUCCAACCACAGUCACAACAGUGACAAAAGCCCUGUGACAUCUCACUCUUCACCAUCCCCUCCACUCAGCCCAGAGGAGAACCAUCCCAGUAUGCCUCUGGAGCCAGUGAGUUUGGUGCUGGAGAGCAGCAAGGAAAACCAGCACCCUCACCCACAGCACACAGAACCUCACGGAGUAAAGGGCACAGCAGGCACAUUGGCAAUCCAGCAGCCUCACAUUCCACUAGGCAUUCAGGAGCUGGUGGCCAUGUCGCCUGAGCUUGACACAUAUGCUAUAACCAAGAGGGUAAAGGAGGUCCUGACUGACAACAAUCUAGGUCAACGUCUGUUUGGCGAGAGUAUCUUAGGCCUUACACAAGGCUCUGUGUCAGACCUGCUGUCCAGGCCCAAACCAUGGCAUAAGCUGAGUCUAAAGGGCAGAGAACCAUUUGUGCGCAUGCAGCUGUGGUUAAAUGACCCACACAAUGUGGACAAACUGAGAGAUAUGAAGAAGAUGGAGAAAAAAGCAUACCUGAAACGCAGAUAUGGUCUGUUGAAUCCUGGCUCAGACACAGACUCUCCGGUAGCACGUUCAGACUCCAAUAGCCCAGGUCUUGCACAAAUGGAGCUGUGUGCUUACAGCCAAGCUAAGAAGCCCAGAGUAGUGCUAAACGCAGAGGAGAAGGAGGCUCUGAGGAAGGCAUACCUGCAGGAACCCUACCCAUCCCAGCACACCAUUGAGAUGCUGGCCACCCAGCUUAAUCUCAAGACCAACACAGUUAUCAACUGGUUUCACAACUACAGGUCUCGAAUGCGGCGUGAGGUCCUCGUGGAAGGUUCUCAGGACAAUGAUGCUGAUGCGGAGUAUACCUUCUCUCCGUCAGUGAGCUGCAGUCCAAUUUCUGAUGUAGAUGAAAGAAAAAAACCCCAUUCAAUUUGCAAUGGACCCACGAUGAUCAGUGUCAAACAGGAAAUGGAGGAAGAGGAGGAGAAGCUGCAUAUCAGGCAGGAUACAUGCUCCGCCAUGACAGUGCAGUUCAUUGAGAUGAAGACUGAAGAGGACCAGACAUCUGGCAGCAGGGACCUGACAUCAUGUUGUCCUCAAAGUCUCAGGCAGGAUGAAGCUUGCAUCCACAAACUCUGUUCUGGAUCUGUUUCCUCAGACAACAUUCAGAAAAGCAACACAGCCGCAAACGAAGGGGAAAAUAAAUCACCGGUGGACCCAGCAAGCUUCAAGGCAUCAUCAGAGGCAUGCCGCAGCAGUCUGGAGGUGUCCCUCGACUCCCCCUCAGCUGCUUCUUCUCCUGGCCUCAUGAUGUCUGUCUCACCUGUGCCGUCUUCUUCCGCCCCCAUUUCUCCAUCUCAGUCUCUCCAGUCCAACACCAAGAUUAGCAAGAGCACACAGAGGCGUGAUGAGAAAAUGGCCAACCUUAGCAACAUCAUCCAUCGGCUUGAGCGAGCAGCCAAUCGUGAAGAGACGCUGGACUGGGAGUUCUAGAGCUUCAAGCUUAAAUAUACUCUGUUCCUGAAGGUGGAUUUCUCAAUCAUGAGGCUUUUGCCUAUCAUCAGGAACAAGGAAGCGAUAUAAUCUGUCCCACAGAUAAAAUA